AUGGCAGCUGUAAGUAUAAGCUUCAACGGGGAGCCGGCCGUCCUGCUGAAGCUCGGUAAUGUCUACCGCAUUGGGCGCAAGAAGUCAUAUGAGUUCUGUGUUGACGAUGAAUCCAUGGAGCUGUUUCAUGCUGUGGCAACAGUCUAUCUAGCUGGCGUCCUUCGCGUGAAUGCUCUGCAGGGAAAAGUAUUCGUGAAUGGCUUGGAGAAAAUCAACGCGGACAUCAGCCAAAAGGAUGCCAUCGAUGGAAAGGUGAAGUUGCGCUUCGGUAAUGUGGAGGCCGAAGUGCAAGUGAUGGAACCUAUUCAGCACCAUGAUAGCAGCGGAAUCGACGAAUCCGGCAUGGACACAUCCGUAGACACAACAAUUGACAGCGACUUCGUCUCUGAAAUGCAACUCAAUUAUUUCGAUGAGAAUGAAUUAGACGACUUUGAUUUAUCUAUGAUUUUAGAUGUUGGAGAUGUACUGGAUAUCGGUGCAACCGACAUGGAAAGCAACGAUUUAACGCAGUUUAUGGACCACAUGGAAACGCCAACAGCAACUCACCUCGAAGAGGAGGACGAUAAUCAGAAUUUCAUUGCCACUCAGUUGUUUCCAAUUGAACCCAACUCUUCUGAACAGCCCAGUUCUAGUAAGAGCCCUGAGGAUUUCAUAGCCACUCAGCCAUUUCCUUCACCGAAUCAAAAGUGGUUGUACACUGCUGAAUGUACUGCAGAUCUCAGCAACAAUGAAGGCAAUCCAGAUAUGACAGCCACGCAGGGAUUACCCCCGAGGAGCAAGCAAGCAAAGAACACUCAAGAAAAUGAAGAGAACAUUGCAGUUGAAAAUAAUGAUACAGAACCCAAAGCUUCCCCUUCCAAAGACGCAGAAGCUCUGGAUACCCUUAUCAUGGAGAUGCUGAAUGAAAUGGCUAAAGGCCCUCCACAACCGCCCGAUGAUCCAAACAAGCCCCAAAUUAAGUUCGUUGAACCUUGCAUUAUUAUGGACGAAUACCAUAAUGCUAAGGUUUCCCGAAUAGAAUCCGUCUUUCCACACAGCAACAAAUCCUGGCGUUUACCGAAAUUACCCGAAGUCUUGCGUAGCCGCAAAUCCGGAUCGCUGUCACCUCCAAGUACUACAAGAGGAACAUAUCCACGACGCUUUUCAGACGAGUCCCCCAGAGUCCAGCCAGCCGGACAUAGAAAGAAGAUCGUCCGUUUUGCUUGCAAUUCGCUUACUGCAAAAGAGGCUAAAGGGUCAGCUGACAAGGAGAGAACCCCGGAAUUGCUGGUCAAGGAAUCGUCGGUUAGUUACAAGGCGUCGACUAGUGCAGAGCUCGAUUCUGCGUCGCAAUCCAAAGUCAAGAAGAGAAUCGAACUCGAAACAGAGGAUCAGUACGUUCCAAAUGAACCACGCGGGCAAUUAACAUACUCAAAAACAAUCGAAAAGGAUCCGAAAGAUGCAACUGAAAAAGAAAUCGCUGUAGGGAAGGAAAAGACUACUAGUGCUGUGGGAAAACAAAGGGUGGCAGGAUCUAGGAAGCGUAAAAUAUCAACGGAGGAUAAGCCAAAGGUAAAACCUAAAGGUAGUAAAAGUGAGACACCAUCUACCAUAGGGAUGAAGACAAGAAGUAAGGCGGCACAGGAGAAAGCUAAAGCAGAACAACAAUCCAAACCUACUGUUCGCAAAUGUUGUGUCAGGAUCAAAAGAUCUAAUAAACUAAUAAGCUAAUAAACUCGAGAUCUGUCACUGGAGAGGCCACUGAUCGUCCAACUACAAGUGCUGCAGCACAAAAGGAAAGCCGUUAAGAAGGGGAACAUCAAGUAGAAGAGGAAUGAACAUCAUAAUUAAGGCAACAUGCCUUAAACAACAAAACAAUAAAAAUGAUUACGUCACGA